CGUCCCCUUUCUGGGAACUCCACUUGUUCUAAAAUAUCAUCUAAAAAGCUGCAUGUGAUUUCCCUACCGUGUUCGUCUUCUCCAACCCAUCCCUCCUUCCCUCUACUUCUUUCUAAAAUCUACUUUCUUCUACUUCAACACACCUUCAACUUGAUCUGUUGUCUGUUGUCAUUCCAACUACAACACGCUCCUUUGCAAACAAACGUCCUCAACGACAAUACCCCUCUACCUUACACCGCAAAAAUGGGCGCUCCCAAGCAAGGCCUCGAGAAGGAAGACAAGAAGCGCGAUGCCGAGUUCAACAAGGCGCUGCACGGACAGUCUGCUAUGGCUGCAGGUGGCAUUGCUGCCAUGUUCUCCAAGGACAAGGAUGCCAAGAAGCUUGCUGUAGACGAAUACUUCAAGCACUUUGACAACAAGACUGCCGCAAACGAGACUCCUGAGGAGCGUGCUGCCAGGCAAAAGGAGUAUGCCACCCUCACGAGGCACUACUACAACCUUGCGACAGACAUCUACGAGUACGGCUGGGGCCAGUCCUUCCACUUCUGCCGCUUUUCACACGGCGAGUCGUUCUACCAGGCCAUUGCCCGCCAUGAGCACUACUUGGCGCACCAGAUUGGCAUCAAGGAGGGCAUGACUGUUCUCGAUGUUGGCUGCGGUGUUGGUGGACCGGCCCGCGAGAUCGCCAAGUUCACCGGCUGCAACACCGUCGGUCUGAACAACAACGACUACCAGAUCGACCGCGCUACACACUAUGCUAAGCAAGAGAAGCUGGACAGCCAGCUCCAGUUCGUCAAGGGUGACUUUAUGCAAAUGUCCUUCCCCGACGAGUCUUUCGAUGCGGUCUACGCCAUCGAGGCCACAGUGCACGCCCCCAAGCUUGAGGGUGUCUACAGCGAGAUCUUCCGCGUGCUCAAGCCCGGUGGCACCUUUGGUGUGUACGAAUGGCUUAUGACUGAUGAUUACGAUAACGACAACCUUCACCACCGCGACAUCCGGCUCAAGAUUGAGCUUGGAAACGGUAUCUCCAACAUGGUUCCCAUCAGCGAGGGUGAGGCUGCUAUGAAGGCGGCCGGCUUCGAGAUCCUCAAGACGGACGACCUCGCCCAAAAGGGUGACGAGCUGCCCUGGUACUGGCCUUUGGCUGGUGACCUCAAGUACCUCCAGUCCUACUUUGAUCUGUUCACAGUCCUGCGCAUGACCAAGUGGGCCAGAACCUGCCUGCACGGCAUGGCCGGUGUGCUUGAGACGAUCGGUGUUGCUCCCGCUGGCACCAAGAAGACCGCCGACGCAUUGGCAACUGGUGGUGAUGCUCUUGUUGCUGGUGCCAAGGAGAACAUCUUCACGCCCAUGUACCUGAUGGUCGGCCGCAAGCCUCUUAACUGAGCGGACACUUGUAGUGCGGUGCAGGACGGGAUUGGUGUUCAUUGAACCGGAUGGGAGGUCGUGCUGAGCCCAUCCUGGACUACUUUUUUGGAAAACUAAUGAGGAUUAUAUUAUUGAUAGCAGUAGCACUUAGCGGAGCAGCGCUUCGACCUUCAUAAUAGCAGAAGACCUGCGAAAUAAAAAUGAUUUGGACGUCUGGUGGAAAAC